AAAGUUCUGAAGUCCAGACAGAUUAAAACACUUUGUUUUUCAGUCGGGCGCUAUUCUUAGAGUCCUUGGUGAUAGGAAAGUCGUUGUCAGAAAAGAGAUUUUGACCAGACCGCGUCAUCCAUACUGCUCCGAGUACUAUGCAUAUGAAAAGACCUACUCCGAACAGUCCCUUCUCAUCUCAGAAUUCACCAUCCAGUGCACGGCGCGUAAUAACAGCAAAGCGCCCCGCAGUACCAAGGAUAAAAAAUAUUGCGUUUUGCUAGAGAAACUCGACGAGAUAGAGAUGCUUGGGCGGACGCUUUCCAUGUCUUCGUUCGAUGAAACAUUAGUAAACUAUCACUUCGUCUAUAUUGAGAAGAUCUCUCUGUCACCUAUCAACUUCCAUGUAAAAAUUCACGUUGCUCAGCAAGUGGAACAGGAAGAAAUAUGCUUCGUGGAAUGCUACAAAACUGUUCGAAAGAAAGACUUUAUGAGGCGUUUGGCUACCUCCGCUAUUUGCGCGCUAAAAUAUCUACACGAUCAAAAGCUUUCCCAUGGUUACAUUGUACCUCAUUCAGUUUGGUGCUCAAAAGCUACAAUACGUUUUUCUGACGCUUGUCUGAAGUAA